AGCUUCGUUUAUUCAAUAUUUAGAUGUCUUCAAAUGUCUCAAAUUGAGGGUUCUGGUCUAGAUGAGGUACAUUCUGCGGUAUCUCCCUCUCAAAGAAGCGGUAUUUACAUCAAGCUGAACGGACUUUUUUUUUCCUUCGGACGAGUAAUUUUGCAUUUACCACCUUGUGCCUCCUUGCAGAUUCUAUAGUCGUCUUCUUUAAGGCAGUCUCGGGUGCACCCAGGAUGAAGCAACACAAGUUCGGGUUCAAGAAGCACCAGCAGUGGAGCGACGUCAUCAAUUUUCUGAGAGUGAAGGGGUUGAAACUGAAGGAAGAAGAACCGCUUUAUUUGUUCUUAAAUUCGGCCUUUCAGCCGUCGCCUGAUGAGAUUUUGAGUGACAUCUAUCGCGUUUUUUCCACUAAUCAGGAGAUCGUAGUUCAUUACGCACUGGUCCAAGCGUGGUACGUUAGAUCUGUGUGCGCGGGGUCGAAUCCGGGUUCAGGAUUUCAGUUGCUAAGCGGUCUGAGUCGAAAAGGGGCUGAGGAGGCGGAGUUAGGUGCAGGUGUUCGUUAGAAAAGUGCGCAACUCAAGUCUGAAUGACUGCGCAUCCCUCGCCAGUGGUCUGAAUGCACGAAACUACAGAUAGGAUGCAGUGCCUAGAGGAAUGAGGAGGCGUUUUUUUUGUAUAAUACAUGUACAAGAAGCAAGAGCAAAGCUCUUGGGACUUUCUUCCCCACGAAAGUCCAAUAGACGCUUUUCGGCUUUGCGUUUUUUUUUUUUUUGCGUUUCUGAGUGUGUUUUGUAUUUAUUGUGGUUAUCGUUGCGCCGGUUGGACGACGAGCGCGCGCAUCAUGGAAGAGACAUCUAAAACAGUUCCGGCGACGAUUCUGCGAGUAAAGCGCCCGGCCAAUAGGGCUUGUCCGGAAGUGAUAGGUUUGUACCAGAUAUAGAGGUGAUUGUUAUAUCAGCGCCGCGACGUGCACGUUCCCGUAGCUGGUUCGAGGCUGUUGUUUUUUGCUCGGGGCGUUGCGGGUGCCCACAUGCCCAGAUCGUGGUUGGCAUGUGCGCGCGAUGCGUUUUGGCCGUGGGGGCGUGCGCAUCGCGUUGUUUUGCCGCGUUCAACUGACAGAAUUGCGAACAAGUUUUAAGGGCUAAGGUUCCGAAGAGGGGAGAAGAGAGUGAUGUCCGAAGGGCGAUUGAAGCGUUGGAUUUGUCUGGGGAUACCGGCGCACUUGAGAGGAACGAGUUCGUCGAGGGGGCGGAGCCAAGAGACAUGUGGUGCAAACCAUUUGUAUUGUUAGGAUCUGAGGAUGGCAGACUCGAGGGGCGGUCGACGGAGAGUUUGCUUGGUCGGUUUCAAGCGGGAGAGGUGGACGAGAGUUAUUUGGUCAAGCAGGCGAUUACACACAUAUCUCAGUCCAAGAGGAGUGAGCGUUCCGUUGACGAGGCGCCGCGGUCUAGCUUAAAGGAAUCAGAGGAUGCGAACAUGGUGACUCACGUAGUCAAACGCACCAACGUCCAUUUAUCAGAGCCUCCGGCCGAAUUUGUUAAGUCUCGGAAGAUCAACAUUCUGGAUUUGGUUGGAGAGGAAGCGCCUAUGUCCCCGAGGUCUCCUGAGAAGCGCGAGAGGUAUCCGGAGAUUUUCGACACCCAAACGACGUGGAGCUAUGCAAGGGAAGACGGAUUCUUCACCGAUUAUUACGUUCUUGGCGAGGUGUUGCCGGAAGAGCUUACUCGCAAUUGUCCGGCGUUCACAAUAACCUACGAGAGCUUCCGUCAGGGGAUUCUCAACGAGACCACCCUGAAUAACGAGUACGACGGCAGAGAAAGUAGUUCCUCUACGGACACCUCUGAAGACUCUUAUCUAGACUACGGGGAGGAGGACAGUUCGUUGUCCGAGCACGACGGUUUGUAUCGGAAUUCCUUCGGUUACAAGUCGGAGAAGAUGUCCUCCUUCAAAUACGAUCCAGAAAGCGCGUCGGAGACGACGUCCUCCUUCGAACAAGAUCCAGAAAGCAUGUCGGAGUCGGACUACCCGUAUUUUCGACUCCAAUAAAAUCUGAGAAAAAAAAAACUCUAAAUUUCGAAGUCAUACCUACAUUACGUUUUAGUACAGACGAGGGGCGCCUUCCAU